AUGCACGUUCACAGAACACAGGACAGCCAUAGGGUGGCCACAAAAUGUAUAAGGCAGAGCAAAAAAGAAAGGAAAAAAUACUUUUUGGGCUCCGUAGGGCCCCCUCCCUGUGGUCAGCAACUUCUCCUGACCAGCAAUCCUUCUCCAGAGUGCCAUGGGAAAGGUCCUGAAUUUCGGGGGACGCGGGAGCCGUCCUUUCCAGAGCCAGGCUGGGUGGCCCCCCUCCUCGGCACGUCUUGGAGCUGUCUGGCAACCCGGACAAGGGGCCGGGGCUGUUUUGCCGAGCAGCUACUCCCCACCCACAGGCGCCCUGCGCAAACACCCUCCGAAGAUUGUAAGUGUCCCCACGGAGCGGCGCACCAGAAGCGGGUCCGCGCCCGCCGGCCCUCAGCCAGCCCACACCCGGAGCCACACCUCUUCGACCUAGCCAGGCCCACCCGGCGCUCCGCCUUCCCCUCCAGGGAAUCGUGCUGGCACCGCCCCCUCAGGGCUGAGCCGCGGCUCUCCCCGCCCCGUGUUCUUUCGCAGCCCCAAUCAGCUGGGAGAACGGGGUGCGGUCCGCUGCGAGGGGAGAGAGAACGCGGAGUGCAUCGCUGGGAGUAUCCGAGACCGCUGAACCUGGAGAAAGACUCCAUUUUUUUGCAGCCAGAAAGAAUGUUUGGCGUUGUGGUAGUUGGUGUUGGCAGGGCUGGAUCUGUGCGGAUAAGGGAUUUGCAGACUCCCCCACCUCCUGCUGACCCUCUGAAACUGAUUGGGUUUGUGUCCAGGCGAGAACUUGGUAACAUUAAUGAGGCAAAGCAAAUCUCCCUGCAAGAUGCUCUUUCUAAUAUUGAAGUUGACGUCGCCUACAUCUGCAACGAGAACGUUAGCCAUGAAGAGCAUAUCAGGCAGUUUCUCAGAGCUGGCAAACAUGUCCUCGUGGAAUAUCCAAUGGCUUUAUCUCUGGCAUCAGCCCAGGAACUCUGGAAGAUAGCAGAGGAGAAAGAGUGGCUGAAAAAUAUUUCUCACACCUUUUCUAAAGACCUGAUGAACAGUAACAUAAAUUCUAAUUCCUUGAUUUCUUUCUCUUUGAGGAGGCCACUGACUUGGAUCGAAGAAAGAGGUCCGGAUCUGAAACGGGAGCGGCAUGUGAAUUUCCUUUUUGAAUCUGGACGCCUGGAAAGUCUCCCUCCUCCAGCUCAGGGAAACAAGAAUCUUUUUCUGAGAGACCAACAUAUAUUUGUCAAGAAGCUUUUGGGCCAGAUGUCCACAGAGGAUAUAGCCAAGGAGAAAAAACGCAUUUUGCACUGCCUGGAAAUUGCCGAUAAAAUCCAAAAGUACUGCUAACACCCCAAAAAGAAGAGUUCAUGGGAGAAGAAGAGGGGGCAGUGUAACACCUCCAAGAAUGGAUUUCAGAGUUCUUGGCAUGGUCUUAGAAAAUAGUACUGGGAUGGUGGCGGCGUUUCAUUUUCCCUAUUAAAGAGGUCUGCUUAAGGAUGUCA